AGCAAUCUGGAGUUUCAAGGGAAGAAGAAAACUCGGGAGAAAAAAUAGCAGAGAAAAAAUCAAUUCUACGAAGAUUAAUCGGCCCAUCUUCAACCUGCAGACCCUCAUCCUUUACAGAGUUACAAUAAUACUAUACAGAAUUACAAGUCUCCAUGGCCUCACGAGGACCUGACUGGGAUUUUUAUCAGUGCAAGUGUGGAAAUAUCGUAUUUGAAUAUAAUACUAUCACUGGAGAAAAAUGCUUAACAGAUACUUGGAAAGAUUGCACUAUCAGCUGCAUGGAACCAGUAUCCUAUGUGCCACCAUGUGCACGGCCAUUCACCACUGUUAGAAUACCUGUAUCACGCCCUCAAAGAAGUUUGGCUACCCAGACUACCGAGGGUGUUAGUACGAGGUCUGUUGAUACCCAGACACCACCAUCAACCUGCACAUGCAAUAGUAGCACUUUGCUACCAGCAUCGGCAAGUGAUACUUGCCCAAGCUGUGACACAGACCAUGCCAAUCUAAGUGAGGAUAAAUCACAAUCUGUGCUCACAAAUACCACUGUUGAAAAUGAGAAAGAUCUCUCAAAAGAAAAAGCAGAUGUGAAAAAUGAUUUGGAUAACCUUGAUGUGGUAUCCAAUGAAAAAGAUUCCCUUGUAGAAGAGAAGCACACAAGUAAACCAAGUACAAGCUCCCUUCUCAUGACUAAAGAUAGGAGGGCUAAUGUCAAAAAAGACGUGAAAGUCCCUACACCAAGCAAGAAUGGUUAUGACAGAAUUCUCAGAAAGAGAAAAACUGAUCCUCCAGUGGAUGAAAAGGUUCUUGGCAAAGAGCCAAACUGUACACCCAAAAACUCAAAGAGAAGAGUAUAAAAUUCAAUUUUCGUCACUAUGAAAAGAAGUGCUGCAAACUUGAAAAGAGUUUUUAAAAAACUUUCUUGAGACUGUAAUCUAUGGG